AUGGCGGUAGCAAUGCAAGCCGCAUCCUCCAGUGCGAAAGUUCUACACGGCUCAGCGUCGUCCAGCGCGGAAGUUCUUAAGGUGGAAAGCAAACCUUUAGAAAAAGAAGGUUGUUCACACUGUGGUUACAAGAAUCACGAGUCGGUCAAUUGCCGCUGGAAGGGCCUGGAAUGCAGAAGAUGCGGAAAAGUAGGGCACCUGCAAAGAGUUUGUAAAGGAUCAGCUCCAAAGUGGCAAGGACAAGCGUCUAAACCCUUCAGUAAGCGCAACGAAAAGAAAACGAUGAAGGCUGUAACUGUGGAAGAUUCCGACGAAGAGAUAGAAAUGCACGAGCUAAGAAGCGCGCGAAAUGAUCCGUUAGAAAUAACGCUAUCGGUCAGUGGAAUUCCUUUGAGAAUGGAAAUAGACACAGGAGCAGCAGUAUCUGUUUUGCCAUUACAAGAGUACCAGGCUAAGUUUUCGCACCUCAAAAGGCAACGAAGUAAUGUCGUUUUGAAGGCAUUUAACGGAGCAAAGAUUAAGCCGCUGUGGGAAGUACAAGUGACGGUGAUGCAUGAAGACAAGGAGUCCAACCUGAAGAUGCAAGUGGUCGAUUUCAAGGGACCACCUCUUCUUGGACGUGACUGGCUAAGAGUCAUGAAGUUGGACUGGGCAAACAUCAAAGCGAUACACUGUUCCGAAGAGAUAGGAAGAAAAGAGAUUGAAGGUCUGAUGGAUGAAUAUAAGGAAAUAUUCUCAGAUGAGCUGGGAUGCGUAAAAGGAGUUGAAGCCAAACUCAAACUGAAACACGGAAUGUCUCCACCAUUUCAAAAGGAAGCCAACUACAGAACGGCACCGUCUUGUCUCGCCGGUUUGCAGACAGUUUCGGACAGCGCGGGCAAGCUCGACUUCGGCGAGUUCAAGCUGCAGCUCUUCGACAACCCUUACGUGAACAACAAGCACCAGCCCAAGCCCGAGAUGAAGCUUGGAGGGUGGUUCCGGCCGUCGUGCAUCCCCAUUUCCAUCAUCCUGGUUCUCGUCGUGCUCGUUGUUCUGUUCCCGCUCUUGGGACACUCCAGGGACCCGAGGGCAAGCCACGGGCACUUUUCCAAGUGCAAGGAGUCCUGUACCCCGAUCGACUGCCUGGACUCCUGUUCAUUUACACUCGUGGAAAGCAUACCUGAAAGCCUCACGUACCCCGACGGCUCGCCAGUACACGUGAGCACCUUUGACGCAUGGAAGACUCUUCUGGAGAGGGCAGAGAAAGAAAUCUUGAUAGCGUCCUUCUACUGGACUCUCCGCGGCAGCGAUCUCAACGACACGUUCCCCUCCGCGUGGCAGGGAGAGGAGAUCUUCAACAAACUCUUGGAAGCGGGCACCGAGUGCGGCAUCAAGAUAAAAAUUGCCCAGAACCUGCCUUCACAUAAACAACCAAACAUCGACACGGAGGAGUUGGCUCAGAAAGGGGCGGCAGUUGUCCGUAGCCUCAACUUCACUCGCCUGCAAGGUGCAGGAGUGCUGCACACAAAGUUCUGGAUCGUGGAUGGGAAGCACAUCUACUUGGGCAGUGCCAACAUGGAUUGGAGGUCUCUCACGCAGGUCAAAGAGCUGGGUGCCCUGGUGCUGGACUGCGAGUGCCUGGCGGCGGACCUGAUGAAGGUGUUCGAGGUGUACUGGACGCUGGGUGUGCCCGACGCGACGGUGCCGGCCCACUGGCCAGCCAACCUGAGCACCCAGAUCAACGUCGUGACGCCCGCGCGGCUCUCACUCAACGGGACACAGACCCUCGCUUACUUCUCUAGCGCCCCACCGAGCUUUUCGCCUGACGGACGGACACAGGACAUUGACAGCAUUCUGGAUGUUAUAGCCAGUGCCAAGAAGUACAUCUAUAUAGCCGUCAUGGACUACUACCCCAUAACGCUCUACGGAAAAAACAAGAUGUUUUGGCCCCGCAUCGACGACGCACUGAAGGCGGCAGCUGUUGAACGCAAUGUGCAAGUUCGGCUGCUAGUGAGCAAGUGGAGGAGCACCAGGGACUACAUGUUCACUUUUCUACGGUCUAUUGCGGCCGUCAGCUACAAUUCCACGUAUUACAGGCCGAGCAUCGAAGUGAAAUACUUUGUGGUCCCGUCUUGCACGCCAGAGCAGGAAAAAGUACCCUACGCCAGGGUGAACCACAACAAGUACAUGGUGACAGACAACAAGGUUUACAUCGGAACGUCAAACUGGUCUCCCGAUUACUUCAUCAACAGCGGUGGCGUCGGGCUGAUCAUGGACCAAUCCCACAACAGCUCGUCGCCGAGCCAGCCAAUCAGGGAACAGCUCGAGUCCGUGUUCAAACGCGACUGGGAUUCCGAAUAUGUAUACCCUUUGUAG